UAAACUGUAUCCCUUCUAGCCAAAUUCCAGUGACACUGACGUAAGACCCUAAAAGCAAAAUGGCAGCCAGCAGUGGAAAAUCGGUUCUGUUCGUGUGUUUGGGGAACAUUUGCAGGUCCCCCAUCGCCGAAGCAGUCUUCAGGAAAAUGGCGACAGAUGCUGGUGUUGUUGACAAGUGGGUCAUAGACAGUGGUGCCACGACUGACUGGAACACAGGCAGCUCCCCGGACGCCCGUGGUCUGGCCUGCCUGAGGACACAUGGCAUUGAGACAAAACACAGGGCCCGACAGGUGACAAAGGAGGAUUUUAUGACUUUUGACUACAUUCUGUGCAUGGAUGAGAGCAAUUUGAGUGACCUGAAAAAGAAGGCGAACUCUGUGAAAAACAGCAAAGCCAAGAUCGAGCUGCUGGGCUCGUACGACCCAGAGAAACAACUGAUCAUCAAAGACCCUUACUACGGGCAUGAGGAAGACUUUGAAAAUGUGUACGAACAAUGUGUGAGAUGCUGCAAAGUGUUUUUGGAAAACAACUCGUAACAAGACCCGAGAUCUGACCGGUGAACAUCUACCCAAAUACUAGCUGGAUUGUAAAGAAAUGGUCCUCACUUAUCGCCCAUAGUUGUGCAGUUACAAUACACAUCUGCCAGGUCACACUAACAGUAGAUCCCAUCAAUAUGGUGUAGCAAUCAGUUGAUCGUCACAUAAUCUACAAUAUGUCUUAACUGUAAAACAAACUGUUUACUGUACUGUGUCCUAAAUAAAAUGCUUUUUUGAGGAA